UGCGAAGGUAGUGGUGGUUUGCUGGAUCAAGUCGAGUGUUUCCUCUGGGCUUCUUGCUGCUUGUUUUAGUAAUAACAUUCUGCCUUGUGUAUCCGCCAAGUUUGGAGCUUGAAAUAUAGGCGUUUAAUCCUCUUUCUACACGUUUUAGUUACUACAUGUUAUUAUUGCAGACUAGCGUGCGCGGCGGACGUAACUUAGUCUGGAAAGCUUUUUUCUAACAUAAUUGGAGUACGAAAUUACGAUGCCAUCCCCGAUGGAGGGAUCUUCCAGAGAAGGUGACCUGUUUACUGUGAAACAUGAGCUGAAAAACGUAGGGCGUCAUCCGACUGGACACCUCUGGCAAUCUAUUAAUAAACGCUGAAAUCUAACUUGGCCUUGGCAGGCUAACCUGACGGGCCACGUAGAGAGGGUGGGCAUCGAAAACUUUGAGUUAUUGAAGGUGUUGGGCACAGGAGCAUACGGCAAGGUGUUCCUGGUGAGGAAAGUGAGCGGUCAUGAUGCAGGGAAACUGUAUGCCAUGAAGGUUUUAAAGAAAGCGACUAUUGUACAAAAGGCAAAGACUGCUGAACACACACGGACGGAGCGGCAGGUGCUGGAGCACAUCCGCCAGUCUCCAUUCCUCGUCACACUUCACUAUGCCUUCCAAACAGAUACCAAGCUGCACCUUAUUCUGGAUUAUGUCAAUGGUGGGGAGCUGUUCACACAUUUAGUGCAGCGAGUGCGGUUUAAGGAGCAAGAAGUGUCGCUGUACAGUGGGGAGAUUGUGUUGGCAUUGGAGCAUCUACACAAGCUUGGGAUUGUCUAUCGGGACCUAAAACUUGAGAAUAUUUUACUGGACUCAAAUGGUCAUAUAGUUCUCACAGACUUUGGCCUCAGUAAAGAAUUUGAUCAGGUGGAAAGAGCUUUUUCUGUCUGUGGCACUAUUGAAUAUAUGGCUCCAGAAAUAGUGGAAGGAGGAGAAUCUGGGCAUGACAAGGCGGUGGACUGGUGGAGCCUUGGCGUGUUGAUGUAUGAGCUUUUGACAGGCGGAUCACCCUUUACCGUUGAUGGCGAUGAGAACUCUCACACAGACAUAGCCAAGAGAAUUUUGAAGAAGGAUCCUCCUUUUCCCAAAGAUAUGGGAUCACUGGCCAGAGACCUUAUGCAGGGACUCCUCAUCAAAGAUCCGAAGAAGAGAUUAGGUUCGGGCCCGGAUGGAGCAGAGAAUGUAAAGAAACAUCCCUUUUACCAGAAAAUUAACUGGGAAGACUUGGCAGCAAAGCAGGUGCCUGCCCCGUUCAAGCCUGUGAUACGGGAUGAGCUGGAUGUCAGCAACUUUGCAGAUGAGUUCACCGAGAUGGACCCCACCUACUCCCCUGCAGCUCUGCCUCAGAACUGUGACCGCAUCUUCCAGGGCUACUCCUUCAUGGCCCCCUCCAUCCUGUUCAAGAGGAAUGUGGUGAUGGACGACCCUGUCCAGCUGUGUGGGGGCUCCGAGAGGCCGGGCUGUGCUGCGGUGGCCCGCAGCGCCAUGAUGAAGGACUCGCCGUUCUAUCUGAGUUACGAGAUGGACUUGAAGGACAGCGCUCUGGGAGAAGGUAGCUUCUCCAUCUGCAGGCGCUGCACACACAAGAAAACAGGACAAAAGUAUGCAGUCAAGAUUAUCAGCAAAAGGAUGGAGGCACAAACUCAGAGGGAAAUAGCAGCUUUGAAACUUUGCGAUGGCCACCCUAAUAUUGUCAAAUUACAUGAAAUCUACCAUGACCAGCUCCACACGUACCUGGUGCUGGAGCUGCUUGGUGGAGGGGAGCUGCUGGAAAGGAUUCGUAGGAAGCAACAUUUCAGUGAAACCGAGGCCAGCCGCAUCAUGCGCAAGCUGGUGUCAGCUGUCAGCCACAUGCAUGAUGUAGGAGUGGUGCACAGGGACCUUAAACCAGAGAACCUGCUCUUCACAGACGAGAGUGAGAACUCUGAGAUAAAAAUCAUAGACUUUGGUUUUGCUCGCCUCAAACCACCAGACAAUCAGCUCCUGAAGACUCCCUGCUUCACGCUGCAGUAUGCUGCACCAGAGAUACUCAAAUACGACGGCUAUGAUGAGUCCUGUGACCUGUGGAGUCUGGGAGUCAUCCUGUACACCAUGCUGUCUGGGCAGGUGCCUUUUCAGUGUCAAGGGAAGAGCCUCACCCACACCAGCGCUGAGGAAAUUAUGAAGAAAAUCAAGCAGGGAGAUUUCUCCUUUGAAGGAGAGGCUUGGAGGAACGUGUCCCAGCAGGCGAAGGACCUGAUACAAGAGCUGCUGACAGUGGACCCAAACAAGAGGAUUAAGAUGUGUGGCCUACGUUACAAUGCCUGGCUCCAGGAUGACAGCCAGCUGUCCUCCAACCCACUCAUGACCCCAGACAUUCUCGGCUCCUCCACCGCUUCCGUGCACACUUGCGUCAAAGCUACCUUUAAUGCAUUUAACAAAUGCAAGCGGGAAGGUUUCCGCCUCCAGACAGUGGACAAGGCGCCACUAGCGAAGAGGAGGAAGAUGAAAAAGACAAGUACCAGCACCGAGACCCGCAGCAGUUCAAGCGAGAGCACCCAUUCCUCCUCGUCCUCCUCCCAGUCUCAGGAGAAGACGUUUGCAGAGAGUGACACCAACCCGCAGCCUUCCAACAGCACUCCUCUCACCACCCCGGUCAACACGCCCAUGACCCUGGGAACAGACUCCGAGCACCAUCCGGCGCCUCCAGCCUUCGACUUCUCGUAAGGACCAAGAGACGGCAAGAAGAAAAGGAAGAUUUGGACAGUUUCUUGAAUGGCCAGAGACCUCGGACCGGUGUAGAGACUCUUUCUCCCUGUCCCCUGGCAGCUUUCCGCCUCUGGCUCAAUUGCAUGGACACCUGCGCGCCUCCAAAUCCAAGCAUGCAGCAAGAGCAACAAUCGUCACCUUAAUAUCAACCAGUAGACCAUUACGAGCAAUAGCGUAUCCCUUCUCUCUCAUUCACUCUCAGACUAUUAUUCAGGGACUGGACCACGAAGAAGUCUAAAAGGGCUGCCUAAAUGCGCCAGGUCCAAACAGACAAACCCCUACAGUCUCGUGAUAGAAGUCGCAUCUCUGUCCAGUUACCUGUCUUUGUCCAUAACACCAGAGGUUUUAAAGGGAAAGUCGUAGUGUUUACACUAUAGAGGCUUUGUAUAUUUUUAAAAGCUAUUAAGGAAGUGCAACGUGCUGUGGGUCCACUUCUCUUUUUUGGGAAGUCUCUGAGAUGAAGCAGGGUAUUUAUAUGUGAAUUUUACAGACUGAGAUUUAUUUAUGAUAAACUAUAUUGUUAUUUAUGGUACAGACUGAUCUGAUAAGAAAAAAAUGGUAAAGAUACAGUGAGUCUCUAAAAAAAAAGUCUGGAGGUUGUUAAUUCUUCUAUGUAAUUAUCAUAGACAUUAACACUUCUGCUCAGCUUUUUGGACACAGUUAUGUAGACAUUGUAUUAUAGGCAAGAAGAGAUUAUCGCCACUGGUUAAUGGUUGUGAACCAGUGGGUUGAAUUUGGGAGGUUUUUAAAAUUAUUUAUGGAGACUAGUGAGUUUUGAAGCUACACUGCAGCUGUUUGCGGUGGCUAGAAAGUUGAUUUCCUUGUGUAUCAGAAUUGAAAUAGGAGAAGUGUUUUAUAGAAACAUCCAAACGUCGAUGUCGUACGUUCAUCCAAAUCUGUUGUUUUAUUGUUGUAUGGGGAACACAAGAGGAUGUGACCCUACAAGAAGAGCUAUAUUUAAAGGAGACCUCCCUCUGAUGUGGGAGUAUGACUACUUAAAGACUCAGCACUGCUCUUUUUCCACACGGUCUGAUCCUCAGUUGAGUGUUAAGCCCAGCAGUGGAUUUGCCUUGUGUGUUAUAAGACCUAAAUGUGUCAGUAUCACUGCGAGCAAUUGGAUUGAGCAGAAUGUCCCAAAUGGAAAAUUCAGAUCAGCUUAGUGUGAGGUGAAUAGGUUGAGUUUUCCGAGAUCCAACAUGCUUCAAGUGCGUCCUCCAAGCGUCCUCUUCAGAUAGAUGAUGAAAUUAGUUAAAAUAUAGAAAAGGUGUACGUGCCAAAAAUGUAAUAAAAUUACGACAUGUCAGUUGAAGAGAGACAUUUACCACAAAAAAUGUUUCUUGUGUCUUUAAAAGUACAGAAAAACAUAUGUCCAGUACGAGGGGUUUCUGAUGACAGACCUCAAAGCGCCGCCCUUCGCUCCGUUUACCAAGUGUACUGCAUGACCGGAGCGGUGCUCUCUGCACUGUGGGACAGCUCUGACUUUGAGGCAGACAUUUGGUUCGGAUUAGGUCCCCAGUGCAUGAUGUGAACUGAAACAUGUUUUUAUGGGCUUUUUGGGAGAUUCUUACUUGAUUUAAUGUGAGGUUUGUUUACUUGCACAUUUGUAUAUCCCCGAUUAAAUUCGGGACCUUGAAGUUUUAUUGUUUGAAGUGUGCUCAAACACACCAUGACCCCUUUUAGGAUAGACUGAAUAUUGUAAUGUCUCAAUGUUUCCAGCCUGGUGUCGGUCAGGUAGUUAGCUAAGUAAAAUGCAAUGUUAUUUAUGUUUUAGUUUUUGUUGCAAGUUUGUGUUAGUCUGUUCCCACGGUAAUAGUUUAAAUACUAAACUCUGUUGAUAGUUAAAUGAGUAUUUGUAAUGAGUAUGUGAAUCUGCUCAGGCAGGAUACAAACACGUAGUUGGACUACUGUGUGCAUUUAAUCACACUCCUUCAUCUUCUUCCAUUUUAAUGCACUCUGAAUCUGAACCAAAGCAUUAACUUCAAGGUAGCUGCUCUAAGCUGCAUGAGAUAUUUCCUUUCAUGCAAAUAUGCAAGAAAAUGCUUCAUGAAUUACAAUUUCUGUUUGUUUUGUCUGGUAAAAUGUGUUUGAUUUUUCCGCCUCGCAUAAUUCUGGGACUGUGUGUUUCUGCAGAUAUUGUUCACAGGAGCCAUACUGUUCCCAUCCAGCACAUUAUCAUGCUUAAAACUAUGCAUCUCCUGUCACAGUUGCUUUCGCCGUUUCAACAUAGUGCUUAACAUGUUGUAACGCGAGUACAUACCCUGAACCUUUACUCUCAUAUCAUCCGCCACAAUAGAAACAGCAAAGUCAAAUCCAUUGGACACAUGAAAGGCUGGAACCCUUGGAACUAAACACUACAAAGCUCUUGUCUAACUUAGUUCGCAUGAGUUCCCUGUCGCUGCCUCAUUAAGCCUCUUUUCUUUUGUUUGGGUGUAUUAAUAGCUCAAGUGGAGGAAGAGGAAGAGUGUCCUAUAUUGAGCUCCCCUCUGGGAGCCAGGCUCUAUUAGCUGAUGUGCUGCAGUGCCGUUUGUUCCAAAGAAAAUACCGUGCUCCACUCAUUGCCACUGUGGGACCCAGCUCACGUUCUUUGUAGGGGAAAAAAGGGGGGUUGGUUAGUACCAACAUUUCUAGGGGCUGGUUUUUAAACUAGGCUUCCCUCUCUUUUGAAGAACAACUUGUUCCAUCUGCCACUAUGAGGACAGGGAGUAAGGCCAAUUUUGAUGAAUUCCUCUCUGUUAUCUUUCAUACAUUUAUGUAUUGUUUCCUGGAAUCUAAAUGACAGAUCUGCCUACAGUGCUUCCUCUUUUGAAGGUUUAAAGCUCCCUCUUGAUGACUUAAACCUUAGUAGAUUUUGCUGUUAAUUACAGGGCCGGUAGCAGGAACUGUCUUGUGUGUUGUCAGUGUAUUGGACUUCAAAUGUUCCUGUGGGCUUCUGAGGUGUAACAUGCAGCAUGUGCUUUGCAGACAGAUCUGGUUGCCAGAGCUGAGAGCGACUGGGCAAACUUGCAGUGAAAUUGCAUCUUUUCGUACAGCUGCUUCUGUACACGUGUCGUCUGAAAGCUCUAGUUGUGUUUAGCUAUUGGAGCGAUUUCACAAAGAGCUGUCCGUGGUGCUGAAGUCGUCAAAACUCUGCUGCUCCUGCGAAAACAGGUAGCUUUCUACAAUUGCUCAUGACAUUUUCAUCUUUUGAAGCAGCGAGGCCAGAAGAUGUACCUGGAAAGAUUGUGAAGUUCAGCUAAUUUGAAUUUAAGGGAAAACACUGUAUAAAUAAAGCCAUUUACUGUAUGCCACAAUUUCCAGAGGUAGCAGUUAAGUUACCUAGAUAGGACGAGGUUUAACCUCAGAUGUUGUGUCUGAGGGAGAGUGAAAGGCUCUGCAUCAGUGGCUAAAAUAUUAGUUUUGUGACUAUCUACUGCCAAUGUAUGCAUGCAAACUGGCCAAAGCUAAAUACCAGGAUCUUAUGUGAAAUUUUACACAUGAGAUACAGUUAAUGUUGUCAAAAAUAUUAGUGUGGGCCUGUUAUGGAUUAUGUUACUAAAUUCCACCAUUAACACAGAUUCCUGUGAUUUAAGACUGUAGAGUUUGGGUGAAAUGAUGUACUGUUUUGUUUCACCCAUUCUAGAGGUUGGAGCACUGAACCAGCUACACAUUAGCCUCGUUGUCUUGCUCAGACAUACUUGCCAACAUGGGUACUGAUUGCGUCUUAUUGACUUUAUUUGGUUCAGUCCAGUGGAGCUCUUUGGAAUUUGCUAUAUACAAGAGUUUUGGCUUUUGUGUCUUUGUGUGCACAGCUCGUAAGGGAUCAUUAGUGUUCACGCCAAUUGUGCCACUGUAGACAUCAUCAUCAUCAUCAUCAUCAUCUUCACCGUCAUGCACGUGCUACUGCCUGAUUGUCGUCAGUCCUUUUAAAUCUUCAGUGUUCUUAUUGAAGUGUGUCAAAAAAAAGUACUGUAGCAACAAAUCCCUUUGAGACUGAUCAAUAUGAAACUGUUUCAAAACACGCAAUCAAGCUUUAAGGGCAACACUUUGCACUUAUAUGUUAUUUUUUAUCAUGCAAUUGAGUUUUCUGUAAAAGUGUCCUCUUUGAUUUUGUGCAGAUUCAGACGUUCAGCUCAUUAAUCAGUUUGUUUCUGCUGAGAAAACAAUACUAUAAUAUCAACCUCAACACCAGAUAGUACUUUCUACCCUCACUGCAAGGAUACACCAUGUGCAUACCUGCUUUUUAGGGCACUGUGAGCAUCAUUCAGGUCUUCAGGCUCAUUGAUAGUAUGAUUUGCUUUAAUAAAUGCUUUACGUGCUGGCUGAAUACAUCUGUGCAUUUAAUAACCUGAUACCAGUCACGAGGAGUUCUUUAAUAGAUCCUUGACUUCAUUGUAUUUUCAUCCGUACUGAAGAUAUUUUGUGAUACUAGGAUUUGUGUGUGUGAGCCGUCAGGAUGACAAUAAAUGUACGAUUUCCUGUUCAUGCAUUAAUCUUGAAUAAUAAAUUAGCUUUAUAUUAAAAAAAGUA